UCGAGUGUGGGGGCGCGCUUUUGUGCGCACGGGGAGUUGGCAACCAACUGUGGGCCAAACAGUAUUUAUUGGUCAAGAUAGCUUUUCGAAUUAUUAUUAAGGAACUGGAGCCAUGAAGACUUCACUGCUGUUUAUUUUAACUGAAAACGAAUUGCUUUAAAAUAAGCGAUAUGAACAAGUGAUAUUUUAGCUUGAUCCCAACGACGCGCAUUGUGCGUGUCUACAGGAUUGGAUUGCAUUGUCCAGAGCCGAAAGGGAGCUCCAGUUCGGAACGCCCUUAGCCCAAGGGAGGGGGUUAGAGAAGUAGCGUUCUGGUGACAGAGAGGACCUUACACGGCGAUCGAGGUGGAGGCGCGGGCGGAUCAGAGCCAGCGCAAGGCGGGUUGUUGGUGAUUAACUGCCGCUGGUGACUGGGGUAUGGAGAUGCUGCGUCGUUCCUCAGUAUUCGCAGCAGAAGUGAUGGAAGUGUUUGACCGUUCCCCCACAGACAAGGAGCUUGUAUCACAGGCAAAGGCGCUAUGCAGGGACUACAUCAAUUCCAGGCUGAAUCGAACAGGGAUUGGGUGGUCGAAACAGGAUAAUAUGUUGUCUGCAUCGGGCGGGACGCUUGGAGAGGUGUCCUCUGUCCUCCUUUGGUUAGGCGAUGAGUUGGAGUACCUGCGGCCUAACAUUUACCGCAACGUAGCUCGGCAGCUCAACAUCACCGUGGCAUCUGAGAGCGUGGUGUCGGACGCCUUCCUGGCCGUGGCUGCAGAGAUCUUCUCCACGGGUGUAACAUGGGGGAAGGUGGUGUCCUUGUAUGCGGUGGCGGGAGCCCUGGCGGUGGACUGCGUGCGGCAUGGUUAUCCCGCCAUGGUCCACACCAUCGUAGACUGCAUGGGGGAGUUUGUCCGCAAGAGCCUGGUCUCCUGGCUGAAGAGGAGAGGGGGCUGGGUGGAUAUUACAAAGUGCGUGGUAAACACGGACCCAAGCUUCCGCUCCCAUUGGUUGGUUUCUGCAGCGUGCACCUGUGGACAUUACCUGAAGGCCGUUGUGUUUUACCUGCUUCGGGACAAGUGACCCUGGAAGACCUUGGUCCCUUGAACCUGUAGAAGAUAGGUCAAGCUAGCCUGGUGUCCAAUCUGUUGUUUUUCUUGACUUUUCCAUUGCUGUCAUGUUUGGCAUGACAGUGUGUGAUGAGGAUUUGGCAUGAUAGCACUAAUAGAUUCGGGACCAGGGUUAGGACGGCCAGCCACCCUCCAGCUGUCCGUUUGGAACCCAUCACUGCUCUAGAUAUGCUCUUGUUUACACCUGCAGAUGAUUGCACCGAACCCUCUCUACUGGCACUGAUGCUCCAUGGGCCUUCACAAACUAACAAGCUACUGGCCUGGAGCGUGAAUUAGCCUGUUAGCCUCUGCUUGCACACACUUUAUGGUGUUUCAUUAAUGUUGUAACAGUCAUCUUUGUUGACGUCCCUCCAGCUGGAUUGUGAGGUAGUGUUCUAGUCAUACAGACCCACUAUAUUACAGAAUUGAAUACAGCAGAUCUAGUCAUAUAGAUCCCACAUAAAUAUAGAACAGAAAACCACCCGUCAAGCUUUGACUUUAUUGGGAAUUUCCUUUCAAUAUCUCAUUCUGUCCCUGGGUUUGGAUGUAUAUUUUGUCUGAGUUUCCCUCAGAGAGAAAUUUUUCUUGCUUGCUUCACGCUUGCAUUAUUCUUGGACAUCCACUGUAUGCAUGUCAAAGAAAUGGAAUAUGGUCCAGGCAGAGUUCCUGUAUAAACCUGUAUUUUUCAGUCAGCUGUCUUACUCCCACAGUGGAAAAUAAUGACCACAAACAAUCACUUUAGAUGACAACCUAUGGAUGGUGGUCAGGGGAAUGUAAAGUAAAUUGGACUUCGCUAAGUGAAAUCACUCUCAAUUUAUAACGAAAUACCGUUAUAAUAUCGUGAAAUGUGUUUGCCUGCAUGCUGUUAUGUUCCCUGUAUGUGAUGAUGCACGCACUUGAUUUCAGUAUUGCCCUUUGACCAAAGUAACUGGAAGUGUAGGAUUGGUGUAAUGAAAUGUUCAUAGAACAGUAUUCAAUUAUGAAAUCCUCCAUCACCUGAAACUAAAAUCCCAUUAAAAAUGCUGUCGGUUUACUUUU